AUGGGGGAAUAUGUUUUUGCUUUCUAUUGGCUGUUUUCCCUACCAGCUUUGCUUCUCUUGUUUUCCAUCUACUUUGGGAGAAAUAAGUUUUAUGAUAAUGAUAAGGAUGCACUUCCAAGACCAUAUCCUCUGUUGGGUCAUCUUGUAGCAAUCCUAAGAAAUCGCAAUCAGAAUAUAGUUGAAUGGAUGUGUGAGGUUGUUAACAAAUCACCCUCCUCCACCUUUUUCCUCCAUUUGCCUCUACGGCGACACCCUCACAUCCUCACCUCUAAUCCUGCCAAUGUUCAGCACAUUCUCAAGACUCGCUUUGGAAUCUACCACAAACACAGAAAAUUCGGAGUCGUUCUUCACGACAUGUGCCGAGAAAACGUUUUCCUAGCAGAUGGCCAACGCUGGAGAAAACUUAGACAAUGGGCUAGCCAUGAAUUCAAUUCCAGACCAUUCCAUAAGUUUGCCAAUUUCGUUGUUCCGGAAAAUGAAAUUUCCAAUCGUCUCCUCCCACUUCUCUCUGAGGCAGCUGCCAAUAAUACUGUCGUUGACCUUGGAGACAUCCUACGCAGAUUCACAUUCGACACUGCAGUUCAAAUGGCACUCGGCCACGACCUAGCCUACUUAUCCAAUUCACCUAAGUUUCCACCCACCCAUUUCGCCGAUGCUUUCGAGUCUGCAUUUGAGAUCAGCAUGAAGAGGAUCUUUUCAUUUUUUUGGAAAGCCAAACGAUUUUUCAACAUGGGCUCCGAAAGGAGACUCAAACGUGACAUCUCUGAAAUCCGAGGAUUUAUUAGAGAAAUAAUCAUAAGCAGGCGGAAGGUUACAAGUAGUAGUAGUAGUAGUGGUACUGAUCAUCAUCAUUAUCAUGCAUCAGAUUUCUUAUCUGGCUUAAUGAAUGAUCCAGAAGGAAAAUUUGAUGAUGACGAGUUCCUUAUUGAUUCCUCCAUAAACUUCCUUCUGGGCGCUCAGGAUACUGUCAUUACAGCUUUAACAUGGUAUUUCUGGUCAGUCUUGAAAAACCCAGAUGUGGAAGAUAGAAUUGUUAUAGAAGUGAAGGAGAAAAAGAGUAGUAAUAUUAGGGACAUGAUUUAUACCCAUGCUUCAAUUUGUGAAAGCUUGAGACUUCACCCUCCAGUCCCUUUUGGUGGAAGGGAAGCUACAGAGGACGAUGUGUUGCCUGAUGGUACAAAGGUGAAAAAAGGGAUGGCUGUUUUCUAUCAUACUUAUGCAAUGGGGAGGUCGCUGGAAUUAUGGGGUUCCGAUUGGCCGGAGUUCCGCCCUGAGAGGUGGCUGAAGAGAUCAGACGAAAAUGGCCGGGAAUGGACCUUCGUGGCUAGGGAUUCGUUCACAUACCCAGUGUUUCAUGGAGGUCCAAGAAUCUGCUUAGGGAAAGAGAUUGCUUUCACGCAUAUCAAAAGCGUGGUCGCUGCCGUCUUAGGCAGGUUUCACUUUGUGCUGGCGCCGGUGGUGGAGGAACAUCCUGAACCUGUUUUCUUCUCAAAUUCCACUUCAAAAAUGACUAAUGGUUUUCUGGUAAAGGUUGUAGAUCGUAUGUAA